AUGCAUAUCUUAUUAUCGAGACGAAGAGACCAGGGCAAAAUUGCCUUAGUUUCUGAGUCAUUCGCACUGAUCUUCAAAACAAUGCAAGGAACAGAAUCACAAUCUGAGAAGAAGGCUCUAUGCGGUAUUGAAUUAGUCACUAAGAAUGAACUACGAGAUCAAGGGUUUAGAAAAUUGAGUCCGCAUCACAUACAUGGUUUCAUUGGGUUGAUUGACAUUGAAGGCUUGAUAUUUGUGGGGGUUAUCACUGGUAGAUCUAAAGUGGCUCAUCCUACUCCGGGCGAGACCGUCGAUAAGAUCUUCGCUGUGGAUUUCUUUUGUCUGAACGACUCAACUUGGGAUUUUGUGGAGAUUGACACCGCUGGAUAUCCUAUCUUAGAUGAGGUUGAUACCGGCACGAGAGAUCCUAAAGAAGGUUUACAGAAACAUCCAUGUCAUGAAUUAAGGAAAUUAUUGUCCAAUGGGUCAUUUUAUUAUAGUUCUGAUUUUGAUUUAACGUCGACGCUACAGAAUAGAGGGUUUACCAAUCAUUCAUUAAGUGUGGAUAGUUUUGAAGAUGAAUAUAUGUGGAAUUCAUUUCUUAUGCAAGAAAUCAUAAAUUAUAGAGAUAGAUUAGACGAUAAUUAUAAACAGAUCCUGGACGAGGAAGGAUUUUUGACCACUGUCAUCCGAGGCUUUGCAGAAUCAUUCACCACCUACGUUAAAAGAUUAAAGAUAACUUUAACUGUAAUUUCAAAACAGAGUUGGAAAAGGGCUGGAACGAGGUUCAAUGCUAGAGGUAUUGAUGAUGAAGGAAAUGUAGCUAAUUUUGUGGAAACUGAACUUAUAAUGUAUUCUGACGAAUAUUGUUAUGCUUUAACCCAAGUCAGAGGAAGUGUCCCAAUCUUUUGGGAGCAAGAUCCAUCAUUAAUCAAUCCAAAAGUCCAAAUUACUAGAUCAGCUGAGGCAACACAACCUGUUUUUGAUGAGCAUUUUAUUAGAUUGAUUGAUAAAUAUGGACCUGUCCAUAUUGUUAACUUAUUAUCUACAAAAUCAAAUGAACUUGAUUUAUCUAAAAGAUAUAGAGAACAUUUGAGGAAAUCCGAAAAACUGACUUUGAAUAAGGAUGUAUUUCUUACAGAAUUCAACUUUCAUAGAGAAACAGCACAAGAGGGGUUUCUUGCUGUGAAGAAGAUCAUACCUAUUUUGAGAGACUCAAUAUUAGACUCUGGUUAUUUUUCUUACGAUGUUAAGAACAAAGAGGUGUUGUCGAAACAACAAGGUAUUUUCAGAACGAACUGUUUAGAUUGUUUAGAUAGAACAAAUCUGGUGCAGCAAACAAUCUCGUUAUUUGUCUUUAGAACAUUUUUGAAUGAUUUUGAGUUAAUUAAUCGCAAUGCAUACAUAGAAGACGAAGAUUUUUAUAUCAAGGAAAACGUACUUUGGGCAGAUCAUGGUGAUCAGAUUUCACAGAUCUAUACAGGAACAAAUGCUCUUAAAUCCUCGUUUUCUAGGAAGGGGAAGAUGUCAUUUGCUGGCGCUCUUUCAGAUGCAACCAAAUCUGUCAGUAGGAUGUACAUCAAUAAUUUCAUGGAUAAAGGUAAACAACAAAAUAUUGAUAUGCUUUUGGGGAGACUACCUAAUCAAAUAGUUGUUCAAUUAUUUAACCCUGUGAAUGAAUAUAUUGAUUUAAAGUUGAAGAACUUAUCAAAUGAAUACACUUCUUCAUCUACAGCAAACAUUUUUGUCGGUACUUUUAAUGUCAAUGGAAUGUCAAAUCGAAGAGCUGACCUCUCAGAAUGGUUGUUCCCCAUUGGAAAUAAAUUUAAACCUGAUAUGGUAGUCCUUGGACUACAAGAAGUUAUUGAAUUGACAGCAGGUUCCAUUUUGAAUGCAGAUUAUACGAAAGGUUCCUUUUGGGAGAAGAAAGUUGGAGAAUGCUUAAACCAAUACGAUGAAAAAUAUUUAUUAUUAAGAGUAGAACAAAUGUCGUCAUUAUUAAUCUUAUUUUUUGUGAAGUCAGAUAAGACAAAUAAUGUUAAACAAGUAGAAGGCUCUACUAAAAAGACUGGGUUCAAGGGUAUGACAGGAAAUAAAGGUGCAGUAGCUAUUCGAUUUGAAUAUGGGAAUACAUCUUUUUGUUUCGUUAAUGCUCAUUUGUCAGCGGGGGCUAGUCAUGUUGAAGAACGUCGUAAAGAUUACCAAUCUAUUAUCAAAAAUAUAUCUUUUGCAAGAUCUAAGAAGAUUCUUCAUCAUGAUUCAAUCUUUUGGUUAGGUGAUUUGAAUUAUAGAAUUGAUUUGCCUAAUGAAGAAGUAAGAAUGAUCUUAAAUGGCAAAGGAAAACAUUAUAUCGAUGAGUUACUAGAAAAUGAUCAAUUGACAAGAGAAAUAAAUGACGGUGUCAUCUUUCAGGGAUUCUGUGAACCUACCUUACAAUUUGAGCCAACGUAUAAAUUUGAUUUUGGAACAGAUAUUUACGAUUCUUCAGAAAAGGCAAGAACACCAUCAUGGACAGAUAGGAUUAUUUAUAAAGGUAAUAACUUAUUCCCACUGGCAUAUUCGGCUGCACCAUUGAGAGUCAGUGAUCAUAAGCCUGUCUAUGCUGCGUAUAGGGCCAAUGUGAUAUUUGUUAAUGAGGUGAUAAAGUUAGAUUUGACCAGGAAAUUAUACAUUGAUUAUAAAAAGAACCAUAUAGAAGAGGGUAGCACCAACUCAGAAACUACUAUGGUAGAUAGUAAUCCUAGGUUAGAAGCAUCAACGAAAGUUACCUUGUUUAACGAUAAUGCUGAUACCACAACCUUCAAACCAAAACUGAUGCCUAAUCCAACAGCAAAAUCAAGCUUAACUAUUACUCAAAACAUUCCGCCUCCGCCACCUCCAAGAGCAAAUUCUUCAAUGAAAUCAAGACUACUCGAUAUUGAGGAUUCAACACCUUCCACGACUAAUUUGACACCCUCCAAGAUAACAUUAUCCACUGCCGUAUCAAUUUCUUCCAAGACACCUCCACCGCUUCCGAAGUCUAGGAAACCUGAUCUUCCACCCAGAGCCAUUGGUUCAGUGUCCUCUACCAAGUUACAAGAAACACGACCAGACUUACAGGACAUCACGAACGUCAAGGAUCUUUUAGACAUGGAUUCUGACUCUACUUCAGAUGAAACCAAGACGGACAUCCAAUUGGGAGAGAACAUUAUAAUCGAUUCUAAAGAGGAUUUAGAAAUCGAGUCGAAAAACGACAGUAAAAUCAGGAGUACGAACAAGAAGAUUCCACCAUUGAUCCCUGCCAAGAAGCCACAACUAGAGAGUUUGAAGAUUGAUUCCUGGAAACCAUUGCAUCCCCAAUAA